AUGAAUGUUAUCUCUGUGACAUUUAAGAGCAUCAAUGGGCAUUCUCCACCAGCCUUCCUAGAAACUCUUAAUUUCAGAGAUGAAAGCGACCUUAACAAGCUUUCUAGACCUGCUAACUUCACAGAUGAAGAUAGAAGAAUAUUCCAUUAUUUCACUUUUAUGUUUUUGCGCUUUAGGAAAUUCAGCCAGAACCUGGUUGCUCAGCUUUGGUACUUUGUGAAAUGUGUUUACUUUGGGUUGUCUGCCUACCAAAUCCGUUGUGGCUACGCAAGGCGAGUCCUUGAAAACUUCCUCACCAAGAGCUACAAUUAUGUCAACCUCUUCUUGUUUCAAGGGUUCCGCCUCGUUCCCUUUCUGACUGAGCUGAGGGCUGUGAUGGACUGGGUGUGGACAGACACGACCUUGAGCCUCUCCAGCUGGAUCUGUGUGGAGGACAUCUACGCUCACAUAUUCAUCCUGAAGUGUUGGCGGGAGUCUGAAAAAAGAUACCCGCAGCCCCGGGGGCAGAAGAAGAAGAAAGUGGUGAAGUAUGGCAUGGGAGGCAUGAUCAUCGUUCUGCUCAUCUGCAUUGUCUGGUUUCCCCUUCUCUUCAUGUCCUUGAUCAAAUCUGUGGCGGGGGUCAUCAACCAGCCCCUGGACGUCUCGGUCACAAUCACCCUGGGAGGGUACCAGCCUAUUUUCACAAUGAGUGCACAGCAAAGCCAGUUGAAAGUUAUGGAUCAGCCCAAGUUUAAUAAAUUUAUGAAAGCUUUUUCUAGGGACACUGGUGCUAUGCAAUUUCUGGAAAAUUAUGAAAAAGAAGACAUAACUGUAGCAGAACUGGAAGGAAACUCAAAUUCUUUGUGGACCAUCAGCCCUCCCAGUAAGCAGAAAAUGAUAAGCGAACUCAUGGACCCCAAUAGUAGCUUCUCUGUUGUUUUUUCAUGGAGUAUUCAGAGAAACAUGAGUUUGGGUGCAAAGGCAGAAAUUGCAACCGAUAAGCUUUCUUUUCCUCUUAAAAAUACCACACGAGAACAUAUAGCUAAAAUGAUAGCCGGCAACAACACGGAAAGUUCAAGAACACCGGUGACUAUAGAAAAGAUCUACCCAUAUUACAUGAAAGCACCUAGUGAUUUGAAUUCAAAACCUAUAAAGCAACUUUUGUCUGAAAAUAACUUCAUGAAUAUCACCAUUAUUUUGUCCAGAGACAAUACAACUAAAUCUAACAGUGAGUGGUGGGUUCUCAACCUGACUGGAAACAGAAUAUACAAUCAGCACGCUCAGGCCUUGGAACUGGUGGUCUUCAAUGACAAAGUCAGCCCGCCCAGUCUGGGGUUCCUGGCUGGCUAUGGUAUCAUGGGAUUGUAUGCUUCGGUUGUCCUUGUGAUUGGGAAGUUUGUCCGUGAAUUCUUCAGUGGGAUUUCUCACUCCAUCAUGUUUGAAGAGCUUCCAAAUGUGGACCGAAUUCUGAAGUUGUGCACAGAUAUUUUUUUAGUUCGAGAGACAGGGGAACUGGAACUCGAGGAAGAUCUCUAUGCCAAAUUAAUAUUCCUGUACCGCUCACCAGAAACCAUGAUCAAAUGGACUAGAGAAAAAACAAAUUGAUGCUUUAAGACACAGACUGCAGAUCAAAUUAACAUUUGAAUUUUUAAAAAAGCACAAUAUCCUCAUAAGAGCUAAGCAUUUCUAGUUGGAUGGAAAUGGUUUCUCUUCUGACAGGCGGUCAAAAGGAGCUGACUUCCUUCUGCAGUCUAAGCUACCUUGUAAAUGAAGGCGCUGUUGAAAAUGUUAUUUGUAAUUCCAUUUCUCCAAAAUCAGGGCUAUUUGUUUUAUGAUAUAGUCAACAGUGUCUUGCAUUCUGAUUGACGAUGCAAAGGAAUCAUUUAUGGGUCUCCUCCCUCAGAGAAACAGGAGAGAAGAAGGGAAAAGGAAAGUUGCCCAUGGUUUUCUGGGCGGAGCCCGCACACUUCCUGAAGAGAUGCUCUAGUUCAGUAGGCCGCACCCUGUUGCCAACGGGGAAGCUGCUGUGGGGAGAACAGAUGGGCCUCAGCACGCCCCGAAAACACGCAACAGCAAUAGGAGGCUGAAACUCCUGAAGAGAUUUCUGGGG